AUGUCGCCGCCAAGAGACGUGCAGAACCCAGUCUCGGGCUCGCCUCAGGGCACAGUCGUGUUUUUCCAUCCCGACUUGGGGAUUGGCGGCGCCGAGAGGCUGGUUGUCGAUGCGGCGGUCGGGCUGCAGGAGGAAGGGCAUCACGUUGUCAUUUUCACGAACCACUGCGAUCCGGGCCAUUGCUUUGACGAGUGUCGCGAUGGCACCCUCGACGUCCGUGUCCGUGGCGCAUGGCCCAUCCCCAUGUCCAUCCUCAACCGCCUCACCAUCCUCUGCGCCAUCCUGCGCCACCUCCAGCUCCUCGUCCAAAUCACCCUCUCCGGCGAACUCCGAGCCCUCGGGCCCCGCGCCUUCGUCGUCGACCAGCUCUCCGCCGGCCUGCCCCUCAUGCGCUUCCUCUACCCCGACACGCCGAUCCUCUUCUACUGCCACUUUCCCGAUCUCUUGCUCGCCCAGGGUCGGCAGUCGGCGCUCAAGAGGCUGUACAGGGUGCCGUUUGAUUGGAUCGAGGAGUGGUCCAUGGGGUUUGCGCAGGCGGUGGCUGUGAAUUCGGAGUUUACGAGGGGCGUUGUUGCGAGGACGUGGCCGGGGUUGAGGGACAAGGUGGAUACCAAGGUGGUGUAUCCGUGUGUUGAUACGACUUUGAAGCGGGAUGAUGCUUCUGAGGGCGAUGUUUUUGGGAACGGCGACUACAAGAUUAUUCUCAGCAUUAAUCGGUUUGAGCGAAAGAAGGACAUUGGGUUGGCUGUCAAGGCGUUUGCUGCCAUUCCCGAGGCCCAGCGCAAUGGAGUUCGUCUUGUUCUCGCGGGUGGCUACGAUCAUCGUGUUGCUGAAAACGUCGAAUACCACGCAGAACUCCAACAACUGGCCUCUUCCCACUCUCUCAGCCACCACACCGUCACCUCCUUCGAUGCCUCCUCCCUCUCCUCGAUCCCAAGCGAUGCCUCCGUCCUCUUCCUUCUCUCCAUACCGAAUUCCAUCAAGACAUCCCUCCUCCGCACGGCUCGCCUCUUAGUCUACACGCCCUCCAACGAGCAUUUCGGCAUUGUGCCCCUUGAAGCCAUGCUUUCUCGCGUGCCAGUUCUCGCUGCCAACACGGGCGGUCCCGUUGAGACAAUUCAAGAUGCCAAGACAGGUUGGUUGCGUGAUCCUGAAGAUGUCGAUGCUUGGUCUGGCGUUAUGGGCAGUGUACUUGACAUGCCUGACAGUGAUCUUCGUCAGAUGGGUGCUGAUGGCGAAGAACGUGUGCGAUCUCUGUUUGGUCGCAAGAACAUGGCUUUGCGGUUGGAAUCGUCUUUGGACGAGAUUCUUGCGAAGAAGCUUACUCGGCCGUCAUUAUUUAUCCCUGUUGGGAUUGUUGUUUCUUUGGUAUUAGCUGCGUUGGCGGUCUAUGUGCAGUUACAAUAG